UGUCACGUGACAGUCACAGCGACGCUUCGGGGGUUCCAGCGGUGCGUCGGUGAGUCACCUUCCCGCCGCGGAAAAGACACGGCUCAUCGGAGCCUCAUCUGUCCCCUGAAAUCAAAACAAAAUGCCUGCCAUUAAACUACAAAGCUCAGAUGGUGAGAUCUUCGAGGUUGAUGUGGAAAUAGCGAAGCAGUCUAUCACAAUCAAAACCAUGUUGGAAGAUCUAGGUAUGGAUGAUGAAGGUGAUGAUGAUCCAGUGCCACUCCCAAAUGUUAAUGCUGCUAUUCUGAAAAAGGUAAUCCAGUGGUGUACGCAUCAUCGAGAUGACCCUCCCCCACCAGAGGAUGACGAAAACAAAGAAAAACGAACCGACGACAUACCUGUGUGGGAUCAGGAGUUUCUGAAAGUCGACCAGGGUACUCUCUUCGAAUUAAUACUGGCUGCAAACUACCUUGAUAUCAAGGGUCUUCUUGAUGUAACUUGCAAAACAGUGGCAAACAUGAUUAAAGGAAAAACCCCUGAAGAAAUUCGCAAAACAUUCAACAUUAAAAACGAUUUUACUGAAGAAGAGGAGGCACAGGUACGAAAGGAAAAUCAGUGGUGUGAAGAGAAGUGAUCCAAUGUGGAAACGUGUGCAGCUCAAUGGAAAAUCUUAAGCCUGCACAAUUAAUCACUAGCCUGUGAUACUUUUGAAAUAUAGUGUCAAGAUAACAAUACAUAAACAUUUUGUAAGAGUGUUAAUUUUGAGCUUAAUGCUUGCUUCAUGAAACCAGUUUUCUUUAGUAUUUUGAGCAGGGUCUCCAGCAUAUUUAUUACUUCAUCAUGUGAGUUUUCCCUUGUUGCUGUUUAGAAUUAAAGCUAUGUAAAGAAUUCCACUAGCAGUAUGACAGCAAUUAGAAGUCAAAACUGUUUCCUCUUUUUGUUUAACUUGUAAUUAAACUUUACUUUUUAUUGCGAAUGGUCUGUUUGGGUUUUUGAAUGACCCUAUUAUUGUCUAAAGUGGGCCUCAUUCCUUUAUUAAUUUUGAAGGAAUCUGUUGUAUCAUAGCUACUAGCUAAAUCAUGUUUUUUUUUUAAACUACUGGCUAAAUGUAAUCAUUCUCAAACUUAAUGCAGUGCAAAAAAUACUGAGUGGACUGUCUAGUGAUGUUUCAGAAUACAUUCCUGCUCUAUAAGCAACAAACUCUUGUUCUUACUGAACUUUAAUAUUUACUGUGCAUGGCUGACACUGGUACUGAAAUGCCCUGAGUGGAUAAGACAGAGUGUGAGGGAGAGUGCUCAUUAAAUAAAAGACCUGUGCUGAAAGCA